GAACAAUUUCAAAGACUUACUCAAUACGUCAAAAGAUACGUUAACCAAGUAACCAUCAAAGCCAGAACCGUUGGAAUAGACAAGGAUGAACUCCAAGAAAGCCGUAUAAAGGAAAAAGCUCCCGGAAGACCUGUCACACACCACCCCAAAACCGAUCGAAAGACUGGACGACCUGGAAGAUCGAGUGCACAACGAAAAAAAUUCAAGGAAGAUGAAUACAAGACCCACCCCAACAGUUCCAGAAGCCUCGAAUCUGCUGAUAAAUGUGAGGAUAAAGCCGACGAAAACAAUAAAGAUGCUGGCUCGAGAGAUCUGAUCGACAGAUAUUUGGAGUUCCUUGAAAGUUUCACUCCCGAAUCACGAAAAA